AUGCCAGCGACAGCGACGCCGACAGCGACGUCGACUGCGACGAGAAAGCAACCUGCAAAUAACGCGAUGCUCAGCAAAGCUUUUACGGUUAAGCGGCUUUUAGCGAUUUUUGUGUUGUUCACACUACUGCACCACACACAGGGAUUGGAGUUGGGCGACAAGUGUCAGCAUGACAUGGACUGUACAGAUUUCAUCAAGGGCAGCAGCUGCUCGGCGCUUGGCUACUGCGAGUGUGCGCCCUACUUUGUCCAAUUGGAUGCCAAGCGCUGUUUGUCAUCUCAACUAUUGGGAGGCGACUGCCAGCUGAGCGAGCAGUGCUCGAUGAAGGUGGCAAACAGCAGCUGCCUAGAUGGUGCCUGUAGGUGCGUCGAGGGAUUCUUGCAAUUCCGCAAGCACACAUGUCUGGGACCGGCUCAUCCUGGCGCCGUUUGUUACAGCCACGCCCACUGUCAAAUGUUUGAUACGCGCACUCAUUGCGAUUUCCUAAUACCCAAUCUGUUUGGACGUUGCCAGUGCACGGCUCCCACACGCAUGGUGGGAGGACUCUGUGUGGCACCGGAGGCAGAUGAGACUGCAACACCAGAGGAACAACCUAUUGAGAAAGCCUCCUCAACGACGACGACAACGACGACGACAACAACAACAACAGCAGCACCCACAACAAGACGCACGACGACAACAACAACAAGGACGACAACUCCUGCACCUACAACAACGCCAACAACAUCAGCGCCAGUGUUGUCAGAGGAUGAGCUGCCUGCCAGCGUGGAGGAGCAAAUCCUAGAGGAAGACGAUACCGAUGCUACGAAGCUCAAACCGCAAAUCACCGAAGUGGAUAACGGCGAGAAAGUGGAAGCUUUGGAUAUGGCCCAUGAGGAAACGGAACUAACCCAACAACAGGAGGAGCAAGAGAAGCAAGAAGCUGAGCAGCAGCAAUCAGCAGUUGAGCAGCAAAAAGAAACAGGACCCGCAAUCAUUGAGCAAAAGCUGCCACAACAUGUAGAAGUAGUGGCGCCUGAACAGGUAUCACAGCCCUCAGAGGAGCAACAGUCCACAACUGGAUCACAACAGCUAUUAACACCCGCUGAUUUUGCCACCGAAGCUAUGGAAGGUGUGGAGCACGAAACUGAGCCAGCACCCGCCUACGACUAUCCGUACAAAAUUGAUGAUGAGUACGUGGAGGAGCAUGAGAUCAAACCUGAAGAGGAUCAACAAGAAACGGAGGCCGAAUCAGAACCUGAGGUAGUACAGGCUCCAGUGGAGGCGGCGAAGCCAGAGGUGGAAUCGGAGCCCGUAACACAUGUUGAGCAUGAGGAGGAGCUAGAAGCAUCAGGUGCACAGCCAAUUGCCACAACAACUACCGAUGAUACCAUAAAAUUCGAUUAUGAAACACCAAGCGAGACACCACAACAUGAUGAGCAAGAACCCGAAAUUGGCGGAGUGCCCAUCGAGAAAAAUGAGGAGGAGGAAAACAGCGAGACUGAUGUGGAGACAGUCACUCAGAAUUCGCAUCAGUUAGAAGAGGAGGAGGAGGAGCCUGCUGCUGUAGCUACUGCUAAUGAUGAUUUGAUACCCGUUCAUGGCGAUGAGGUGGUGGAAAUUGAAAGUGUGACCAAUGCGCCAGAGAAGCAACCAGAGAUCGUUGAACAGCUGAAUGGACAGGAGGUGGAACAGUCGGGUGAUCAUGAGAUCGAGUCUGAGACGGAGCUAACACCUCUGGCAACAGUCAAUGAUGAAGUUGUGGAAGAGCUGCCAGUUGAGAAGCCAGCUGAACAAGAAGAAACAGACAACGAAGCGCAAUCCGAAACAAAAGCAACAGAAGCAACCGAAAUUGAGGAGCCAGCGAAAUUGGAGGAUAGCGAAAGCCAAGCUAGUGAAAAAGAGUCAGAGUUAGAAAAGGAAAAUCAAGAGGAGGAGGAGGAGACACAGAAACCCGAAGCAGAAAUAGAAACAGAAGCAGAUACAUUAACUGAACCUGAAGCCGCAGUAGUUGAGAGCGCAACAGAAUCCGAGAAUCCACCUGAAAUCGAGACGCAAAAAGACACAGAGAAUACAGAGUUGGAUACUGAUCUCGAACAGGUAGAACAAAGUGCCGACAUUAAGCCGAUAAGUGCACAAGAUGAUUUAAAUGCAGCCAAUCAAUUAAAUCAAGAGCAACCAGCUGCUGAAGAAGAGACAGGAGCAGCAGAACAACAGCAGCCAAUCAAUGAGCAAGGGGAGAAUAUAGAAGAGACACAGACAGAGAUCGACACCGAGACUGAAACUGAGAAUGAGACUGAGCCGGAGCAGGGUGAAGCUGAUGUUGAUUCUGCUGUGGAGGCAAUCAGCGAAGCACAACACGAACAAUUGACUUACCCAACAAAUGAUGAUGAAUUGGCGCCACAGCAACACAGCGAAGAGCUGACUACAGAGCAGCUAUCUGAAGAAGGAGAGCACGAGGAAGAUGAGGAGUAUGGAGAGGAGGCAACGACUCAACUGACAGCAGCUGAACCAGAAAUCUUAAGCGAGACACAACAGCAACUCAGUCACAACAGCGAGUCUGAGCUAAAUGCAAAUGCAAUUAAGACGCCCGAAGUGUCGGAAACAAAUGCAGAUGUGCCACAGACCGAGAUGGUGGCAGAGGAGGUCGCUGAGUCGGAGCCAGAGCAGUCAAGCAACAUUGCUAAUGAUGAGGUGUCGCUUGUGGAUGCUGUUGGGGCGGAGACCAAUCAUGAUGAAGGUGCGGCAAUUGAAACAGUGCCAAUUAACCAUGAUGAGCAGGAAACAACCGAAGCUUUAAAGGAGACAGAAGCAGCAACGGAGCAGCAAGAGCAGCAGCAUCAGACGGAAACUGUCACCGAAGUCAGCAGUGAAAGUGGCGAGCAGCGUUUUGAAACGGAAAUGGACAAAAAUGAAAAUGAUAACAUCAUACAAGGAGCGGAGCCAAAUGUGGAUCAACAACAAAAGCCAAACCAGGCCAACGAUGCAGAGCAAGAGCAAGUGGCAGUGGAGACCGUGCACCAAAUUAAACCUGAAGAGACGGAGCUGCCUGAGCAACAGCAACUGGAUGAAUCCACAGUAGACACUGAAACUGAAACUACAUUAUCUAUACUCGAAUCCGAUACCGAGGAUAGGACUGAUCCCACAGACACAGAGAUACCAGAGAUUGAAGCCGAGGUGCCAAUUGUGAGUGAGGAACAGAAAACGGAUGACUUUAAAGAGAGCGAGAGCAUUGCGGGCAUACUCAGUGAUCUGAUCCUGGAGGGUGAUAGCACCGUUCCUCCCGUGCCAUUUGGUGAGCAACCCUCUCAAACUAAGCCAAUUCCGGCUGGUGCUGAAACCGAGAUAGUGGAGGAACAGCAGCUGCAACAAGAACAGGAACACGAGCAGGCUGAAGUGCCCGCCAUACCUGAUCUUCUAGCGGAGGCAGAUGAGUUACAUGAGCAGCAGGAAGAACCACAGGAAGAGGUACAAGAGCAGCAAUCAGAAACCGAAGCAGCUACCGAGACAUCAGAGAAUGAAUUAGAUGGGCACUUAAUCACCUUCUAUCCCGAUGUAUCCGCCGACCAAGAUGUAACAGAGACGGAGUCAAGCACUGUGGACGCAGCAGAAGCUGAGCCCGAUCGCACACUCUCUCCGGAAGAUCUACCAUUCGAUUUGAGCGAGGGCUCUGGUCCGGUUAGGUUACAACAAUUGGAAUCGGACAGUUUGAUCCUGGAGUCGACCACACUGGACACGCUGCUCGAUCAAAACAAUGACAUUGAGCAGGAAACUUCAGCUGGUAGUCAGGCGCACGAGGAAGCCACACCCAAUCCCGCUGACAUUGUAGAGAUCACCACACAGACAAUGCUGGGAUUGGCCAGUCGUGUAACGCUCAUGGAGCCCGCGGCACCGGUGGUGACGACCCUAAAGCCACUAAUGCCCUCUGAGGAGGCCACACCACAGCCAGCUGCCAGCUUCUCAUCCGAGAUUCCCGUUCUCGCUGCAGUCUCCACUCUGCCACUGCUGAGCGGCAAGCCUGGCUCAGAGCUGCGCAAGCGUGUCGAUCUUGGUCUGGAAGCAAUCUCACUGGGUCUGCCUUGUGCAAGCAAUCGUCAGUGUCAACUGGCCGAUCCACAUACGGUCUGCAAUAAGCGAGGCGUCUGCGAUUGCGCAUCAAGCCUGGAACAACAACAAUGCGGUGCCGAACGCACAGGAUGCAGUCCCGGCACUUUCCAGUGUCGCUCGAGCGGCGUUUGCAUCUCAUGGUUCUUUGUGUGUGACGGUCGUGCCGAUUGCAAUGAUGACUCGGACGAAGAGUGCACCCAUAAUGCCCGCUUGAACCAGACCUGUCCGGCGGAGGCGUUCCGUUGCGAGCGCAGCGGCCGCUGCAUCUCACGUGCGGCACUCUGCGACGGUCGCAAGCAGUGCCCACAUGGCGAGGAUGAGCUUGGCUGCGAUGGUCAUCUGCGGGGUGGCAACAGCUGUCCGCCGCACACGUUCCGCUGCAAGAGCGGCGAGUGUUUGCCCGAGUACGAGUACUGUAAUGCGAUUGUCUCCUGCAAGGAUGGCAGCGAUGAGCCACCGCAUUUGUGCGGCUCCCGUUCCAUGCCCAAUCUCUUCUUACGGCUAAUCGAGGCGGGUGGUUUGCUGGCCAGUCGCAAUGAGCCCGAUGCUUACUGUCCGCAUCGCUGCAGCAAUGGACUGUGCCGAUCCACGGCAAUUGUGUGCUCCGGACGCGAUGGGUGCGGCGAUGGCACCGAUGAACAGACCUGCGCCGUUUGCCGCUGUCCCGCCUCCAAUCCUAGACUGGCCGCCUAUUUGGCCAGAAAACGCCCCAUGCCGCUGUGGUAAACUAUAUCGGAUUACCAUUGAAAGGUUUCGCAACACUACCUUCGCACAACAUUACUAUUUCCCCAUCAACCACAACAACAGCAACAACACUA